GGAUUUCUUAUCUUCCUGCUUUCGUUCGUUGAGGGCAACGCUCCUUUAAGCCUCACUCCAGAUAUCCCUAUCAUGAUGUGUGGGGUAUAUUUGGCACUUCCAAGAUUGAGCCUCAAGAAAUGCCUAUAAAAUAGGAGCCGCGUAACUGGAUUCAUCAAAGGCCAAGACUUAUUUAUUAUUGCUCCGAGAAGCUUUUCCAAAACAACGAUCGUCAAUACCAUCGCCCGCCUCUCAUACCCCAUCACUCAAUUCUGAAAGUAUAGCACCUGCACACCCAAUGGCUACUCCAGCUCUUCAGCCCUACUCGUCCUUGGUGUUCAACACCCUCCCUUCCCUCCAUGAUGCCGACGCCGAAUUCAAAGAACGCAAUGCUGCCGCAAUCAUGAAAACUGCCCUCGCCGGCAUAUUCACUAAGUACAAAGUCGAAGGAUUCCUCGGCGUUCAGCUCCUCCACCGCCAUUUCCGCCUCGAAAACGACGAACGUCUCGUCGAUGCUGGUGGCGCAUCUGUACCUUGGUCCAACGAAGGAUCUGAGGCACUGGAUUCGCGCAUUCUCCCAGUGUCGUGGGCGUUUGAAGGCGAAGCCUACCACCCCUACGAGUUCAAAUUUGUCCCUCCCACUCAAGAGCUCCAUGAGCCCGUCGUUCCAGAGCCAUUCCUCGCCGAAUUCAACGAAGCACUCAAAGCUCAUGACUUGCAAGGCGUCCUUGGCAUUCGCUCCCUCAAGCCCGGUUUUGGCAAUAAGCCGGAGAUGGAGAUAACGAAUGGCCGAAGUAAUGUCACGUUCGACUACGAUUCUGACGCAGCGGAGGAUGAUAAUGCCAUUGAAGCCUCGUGGGCCUUUAGCGGCGAUGGUAUACUCACCACCGCCACUUUUUGCACCUCUUAUUGCUCGGGGAGAUCGGAUUAUGGCGGGCACAACAAGUACCACAGUACAUCCUCCUGCUAAGCGAGCGAUAAACCCCUCUAACAAUUUACGAGAACUAUCAGCAGGGCUUUCAUUCACCUCAUAUGCAGUGUUAUUUGGCAUAAUUUUGAAUAUUUUUUUUUUUUACAAAUUCCACAUGUCCAGGAUCGGUGCAGAAUGCAAAUCAGUUGCAUUUGGUGAUGGGUCACUCGACGAAAUUCGUAUCUGAUGCUUGUACGGCCCUUAGUAUUCUGUCACUUAUGUUGGAAAACCAAGUUUCCCUACUUCCGAUUCUUUCCCUCUAAUGACCAUUGUUUCUGUCUCGGCUUAUGUUUUGUAAUUUACAUUCCCUCAAUGCAAAAUUCAGCGCAUCCAAUUUGAAAUCCCGCGUAGUUUCCCGCAAUCCUACCGCUACCGUUCUCAUCUGGUAUUUUCGAUGAUCCUAAGUUGUGAGAUAUAGAAC